AUGCAUCUCCCAGAUAACAACAACAAUCCUAGCUACGGCGCUGCGAUCAUUUUGUCAGCGGUGUACGGUUAUCAGGCACACCCGGUCAACGACCCGUUGAGCGCCAAGCUCAAUGCAGCCCUUGAGGUCGCCGUACAGGUCAGCGCGCCAGAGAAGUCGCUCCUGGUGGAAUACCUGCCAUUCGUCAAAUACAUCCCAUCAUAG